CCAAAGAACUUUGAAUUUUAUGAUUUGUUUAUUUAAGUAGCGAUCUUUCUUCUCCUUCUUCUUCUUCCUCUGUACCUCAGAAUUUGUUUGUAUCGACUUCCUUGACUCGCUUCACUAAUGGAGGAGUUUACUCCCAAUACCAAUCUCCACUUUCUUCCUUCGAUCAAGCUUUUCCUUUCACUUCUACUCAUCAAUUCCAUCUUCACUUUCCACACUGCUCUCUCUGAAAUUUUCUUCGAAGAGCGAUUCGAAGAUGGAUGGAAGAGCCGUUGGGUCUUAUCUGACUGGAAAAGAAGUGAAGGGAAAGCUGGGACUUUUAAGCACACCGCCGGAAAAUGGGCUGGAGAUCCAGAUGACAAAGGCAUUCAGACUUACAAUGAUGCUAAGCAUUUUGCCAUAUCUGCAAAGAUACCGGAGUUCUCCAACGAGAACAGAACUCUAGUGGUCCAGUAUUCUAUCAAAUUCGAACAGGAGAUUGAAUGUGGUGGCGGGUACCUUAAGCUUCAUUCUGGUUAUGUCAAUCAGAAGAAAUAUGGUGGCGAUACCCCUUACAGUUUUGUUAAACAACACAUGCAUGGUAAUCAAGCAACCCUUAAACAGAGAAUGAGUUGGCAAAUUGAAAGAAGUAUGAUGUUUGGGCCAGAUUUAUGUGGUACACAGACGAAAAAACUCCAUGCGAUACUUUCUUACCAGGGGCAGAAUUAUCCCAUAAAGAAGGAUUUGCAAUGUGAAACAGACAAGUUAACUCAUUUCUACACAUUCAUUCUUAGGCCCGAUGCUAGUUACAGUAUACUUGUUGAUAAUCGAGAAAGAGAUUCUGGAAGCAUGUACAGUGAUUGGGACAUCCUGCCACCUAGGAAAAUCAAAGAUGUUAAGGCGAAAAAGCCUGCUGACUGGGAUGACAGAGAAUACAUUGAAGAUCCUAAUGAUGUUAAACCAGAGGGAUAUGAUUCAAUCCCAGCCGAGAUUCCUGAUCCGAAGGCUAAAGAGCCUGAUACAUGGGACGAGGAUGAGGAUGGCAUGUGGAAGGCUCCCAAGGUUCCAAAUCCAGCAUACAAGGGACCGUGGAAGCGUAAGAAAAUCAAGAACCCCAAUUACAAGGGAAAAUGGAAGACUCCAUGGAUUGAUAAUCCAGAGUUUGAGGAUGAUCCUAAUCUUUACGUGCUAAGACCAAUAAAGUAUGUGGGCAUUGAAGUUUGGCAGGUAAAAGCUGGAUCAGUUUUUGACAACAUUUUGAUAUGCGAUGACCCCCAGUAUGCAAAGGAAGUUGUUGAUGAUACGUUUGCAAGAAAUAAGGAGGCUGAAAAGGAAGCUUUUGAGGAAGCAGAAAAAGAAAGGAAGGCUAGGGAAGAAAAGGAGGCUCAAAGGGCUCGAGAGGAAGGUGAAAAGAGAAGAAGGGAGCGAGACUAUCGUCAUAGAGAUAGGAGGCGGCAUUAUCGAAGGGAUCGACAUGACUUCGAUGACUACGGCCAUGAUGAGCUAUGAGGUUGGUUUGGUAGUCCAAGUGGCUUCAGUUGGUCCGAAGGACAUCCUCCAACCUUUUUGUGCUUCUGCUGUGAGACAUAAAUUACAAACUACUUGCCCUUCUUCCGUUGAAAUAUUUGUUGUAUUGAAACUGUACUCAUUUAUGGGGAAGGUUUGUAGUUUCUUUUCCACUUUGUAUUUGUUGUGUUUGAAUUUUGCAAAUCAUAUGGACUCAUAUUGAUUAUUAAUAAUCUUACUCAUGAUUAUUUCA